AUGUCUCCGGUCCCUACUUUUGAUGACCGCAUUAGAGGUGCUGAUGACGCAUUCAAGUUGACUGUAGAAAAUGCUUUCGACCUGCGGGCAAGAAGUGACGUUAUGCCUACAAGUGUCGCGCCUGCUUGCAGCAGUGAUAUGUUCAAAAGUCCGAACUGCUACCAUAAGCCCCGUGCUAAAUGUUUCAAUCACCGCCUAUCAACCGAGGCCAAGCGUCGCCAGCCGUCCACUUUGAAGGCAGCAGCGAUGUUCUUGAAGGAUCCCGAUCUGAUUUCGUUAUGUGGCGGCCUUCCAUCUCCUGAAUAUUUUCCAUUUGAGAAUCUACAGCUUCAGGUGCCCAGUCGUGAAGCCCUUUCCAAACGGCAUGUGAAUAUGGGAAAGUCCAUGGAAAACAUGGAUAGCGUACUGAGAGCGGGGAAAUCGGAUAUUCGAGAGGGCAAAAGUGUUUACGAUCUCGAGAUUGCGCUUAACUAUGGACAGGCUACUGGUUCUGCGCAGCUAAUGCGCUUUGUCACCGAGCAUACAGAGAUUAUUCACGAUCCUCCUUACUCUGACUGGCAAUGUUGUCUAACAGCGGGCAGCACGUAUGCGUGGGACACAACACUUCGCAUCCUCUGCGAAAAGGGGGAUUUCAUCAUCACGGAGGAGUACACAUUCGCCAGUGCCAUUGAGACAGCUACGCCCCUUGGCCUCCGAGUCCUCGGUGUGGAAAUGGAUGAUUAUGGUUUGGUGCCAGAGGCCCUAGAUGAUAGUCUGAACAACUGGAAUUAUCAGACCCGUGGUGCACGCAAACCGUUUCUGCUCUAUCUGAUCCCAACAGGGCAAAAUCCCACCGGCGCCACUAUGCCUCUGGCUCGACGAGAGGCUAUCUAUAAAGUGGCGCAAAAGCAUGACCUCUUUAUCGUGGAGGAUGAGCCUUACUACUUCCUCCAAAUGCAGGCCUACUGUUCAAGAGGUACUGAGCCGGCGUCUGAAGUUUCUCGAGGAGAAUUUUUGGCGUCUCUUGUUCCAUCAUUCCUCAGUCUAGAUUCGGACGGCCGUGUGCUCCGCAUGGAAUCGUUCUCUAAAGUCAUUUCCCCUGGCGCACGAACCGGAUGGAUUGUGGCUUCUCAACAACUCGUGGAUCGAUUUGCUCGCAAUUUUGAGGUGUCCUCGCAACACCCAAGCGGAAUCUCCCAACUCGCUCUGUUCAAGCUCCUCGACGAAUACUGGGGCCAUGCCGGAUAUAUUGAUUGGCUGAUCAACCUCCGAAUAGAGUACAGCAGAAGGAGGGAUGUAAUGAUUCAUGCUUUUGAAAAAUUCUUGCCGAAAGAGGUUGCUCGUUGGAAAGUCCCUGCAGCCGGAAUGUUUUGUUGGAUCGAGAUUGAAUGGCGAAAGCACCCUGGCAUGGCCUUGAAAGGCGACCAUGACUCUAUUGAAGAAGAGAUUUUCCUGUCUGCCGUCCAGAACCAGGUCCUUCUGUCUCGUGGCAGCUGGUUUAAGGCAAAUUCUGCCCAGCAGGAGAACCGUAUGUUUUUCCGUGCGACGUUUGCUGCUGCCUCACCAGAAAAGAUGGUCGAAGCUAUUCGCCGAUUUUCAGAUGUUCUGAGGGUUCAAUUUCAUAUAAGCCUCUGA